AUGGCGGACGAUAAUGCCGGCGGUUUUGCAGCUUUUAUGGCGACUGUUGACGGUGAUAAUACACAGCAGACGGAGGCCAAGCCAAAGGAUGAGUAUCACUAUGAAGAACAGCAGGAAAAGGAGGCUAUGAUGAAGAUUUAUCACCAUCCCAUGAAGCAGUGGUUCAGACAGAGGCCACAGCUUGAGGCCAAGUACGGAGUAUUUCCGCUGUUCUGGCAAGAGCUUAAGACGUGGGAACCGUACCGUGAAGUACUGAAGGCUUACAUCAAGUUUACAGAGCACGGAGACGAUGUGGAGAAUGCAGAAGAGAUAGUAGACAAGGAGAAGCAGAAGGAAGAAGCUACUGGAGAUGAUCCCGAGACAGCUGAGCAGCCCAAGAAGCGACGCAAAAGUCGGUGGGGGGACCCGGUGGAGGCUACAGCGGACGGCAACGCAGAAAAGAAGAGGAAAAAAUCCCGUUGGGCUCCUGCAUCUAGCGCUUCCUCGGGAGUAGCUGGUCUACUCGGUCAGAAGCAGCAAGAGACUGUGGUUUUGCGAGCACAGCUGGAGAACAUUAACCAGAAGCUAAAGACAGUGGUAAUGGAUGCUGCAAUGAUUGAGAAGGAUCCGAACAGAUCUCCUUCACCUCCACCACAGUAUGACUUGAACGGAAAGCGUACAAAUACACGUGAAGUGCGUAUGAAGGCUGCGUUGGAGAAGCGUCGGCGCGAGACGAUUGAUCAGCUGGUGAAGGUCAAUCCGCUGUUCCGACCACCUGCAGACUACACGCGUCAGAAGCUGAAUCGCAAGAUCUACAUUCCCAUCCAUGAUUUUCCCUCGUACAACUUCAUCGGUCUGAUUAUUGGACCGCGUGGCAACACGCAGAAACGAAUGGAGCGAGAAACGAACUGCAAGAUUGCUAUUCGUGGUAAGGGUUCUGUAAAGGAAGGCAGCAAGGGAAAGAAGGUAAACGGCGACGAGAACGACGAACUGCACGUGCUGAUCACAGGUGAUCGUGAUGAGGAUCUAGACAGAGCAGCAAAGGAAGUGCAGAGUUUGUUAGUACCGGUGGACGAUACAAAAAACUCACACAAACAGAAGCAACUGCGUGAGUUGGCGCUUAUCAACGGUACACUUCGAGGUGAUGACGACUGCCACAUUUGUGGCGAAAAAGGCCAUCGACAGUGGGAGUGCCCCAACCGAGAUGCCCACCGUACCUUCAAAGCUGUUAAUGUCAAGUGUGCUAUCUGUGGAGACUCUAGUCACCCGACCCGCGAUUGCACUCAGAAAAAGUCUGCUGAGGAGAAUGCUGCCAUCGAUGAAGAAUAUCAGCAUUUCAUGCAGCAGCUAGGUGAAGCACCUAUUAUUUCGACAGCGGUAAAAGCGAAGGUUUCAGAGACAGCGACACCUCAGGCUGCCUCAGCACCAUGGUUACAACCAGCGAAGACGUCUUCGAGCGUAUCGGCGCAGCCAUGGAUGAUGCAGCAAUCUGUUGGUGCACCGGGUACUGCAAGCACCCUAAGUAUGCAGGCACCUGGUGCGGUUGUUUUGGGCUCUACUCCAGCUACGGCUUUUCCGCCCCCGGUUGCACCUGGUGGAUAUGACUACCAAGCGCAAGGCCAAGACUGGGGACAGCAAGGGUGGAAUGGUGGGUACAAUUCGUAUUACGGGUCAUGGAAUCAGAAUGCCCAGGGUCCAGAUUACCAGGCGUAUGGACAAUAUGGGCCUCCUUCGGGUGGUGCUGAUGCUAGUGCUGGUGCUCCUGGAGCUAAUGGGGCACAUCAAUUUCCGUCAUACAGCAAUCCACCGCAGUAA